UCUUUUGUGCGUUCUUUUUACUUUAACAAAUAAACGCUAUUCAACUAAAAGUGACAGUGCUUUAUUUUCACCUGAAACCCCGAACCUUCCGAUAAAUAUCCUAAAAGGUUAGGGGCACCAGCACGCUUCCGCUGGGCGGAAAAACUCUGCUAGGGUUUCGGUGAAACGUGCAGUGAAAGUGAGAGAAGAGUGCGACGAGAAAAGACGAGUCAGCAGAGGAGAGGAAAAUGGCUGCGUCUUUGGAAGCACAACAGCAGUGUCAUGGGUGUGUAGAGGAGAAAGAGAGAGAUGAGAAAACUUUAUUGGCCAUACUGAGGAGCGCUGAGAUAACCUACAAGUGGCGUGAGGAUGGAAUUUCUCAUGUCAGUAUCACCAAGGAUGAUAAAGCGGUGUACUAUAUUACAUCCAACAUGAAAAUGUUCAAAGAAGAUCUGAAAAACUACAGUGAUGGAGAAUUGUCAGUCCUGACAAAGUACAUCACCCAAGGCGAGAAGAGCGAAGAGAAAAUCCUCAAAAUCGACUUGGCGAGUAUUAGAGAACCAGCUCUUAACGAAACUUCUCUGGAGAGAGCUGACGGGAUGAGAGAUGGGGGACAAUAGACGAGAGAUGCGGUGCAGAGUGGUGAGCAAGAUGAGGAUAAUGAGACUGAUUUUGAGAAGUUUGACAAAGAGAUGAGAGAUGCGAUUGAAAGAGUCGAGCAGACAGU